GGUUGUUAAACAUACCACAGCUUAAAUGCUGAACAGCCACUGCCAUUCACCGAUGACACCCUCCCUCUUUCUCUCUUCCUCACUCACUUUACUUCUCUCAGUCCGGCUCCAGCAUUCACUUGGUGAAGUCCUGUUUUUUACGACAACAGAAAGCAUUUUCUGGAGAUUCAUCCUUCAUUCAACUGCGCAGUUUUGUGGUUGAUAAGAGAAGAUGUCGCUCCCGCUGACACUGCUGAUAUGUACAAUUGUCCAGAUGUGUAUGGCCGAUGUGCCUGUGGAGGAAGUUGUCACAACAAAAAAAGUGCAUCUUCUGGGUGACUGGUCCGAGAGGAGUCCAGACUCAAAUGACGUGAAGGAAGCAGCCCAAUUUGCAGUGAGCAUGUUCAACACAAGGUCCAAGAACAAGAAGGUGUUCAAACUGAUCUCCAUCACCGCUGCUCAGAGUCAGGUGACUAAUAUGAUCAACUUUAAGAUCGAUGCGGUCCUGGGAAAAACCAAGUGCACCAAGGGGGAAAACCACGACUUGGAAAGCUGCAGUCUUGAGAAAAAGGAGGUGAAGUGCCAUUUUUUGGUGGUUCUUGACCCCCGCACCGACAAAUAUGUGUUAAAGGAGCACAAAUGCAAGCGAAACAAAAAACAGGUUUAACUUUUAUUUUUUUUUUACUGAUUUGGUCAGCAACCUUUGACAU